UGAGGGCCUUCCCCCUCUCGGCCCCGCGGGUGCGCGAGCCCCGAGUUCCGGACUCCAAGCAGCGGUUAGGUGGCGGUCGCUCCUCGGCCUCGGCUUACGGCGGGCCGCGCAUCCCGGGCCUCCUCGCCGCCUCGGCGGGGUCUCCGGGGCCGCCAUGGUUCUGCUGCACGUGAAGCGGGGCGACGAGAGCCAGUUCCUGCUGCAGGCGCCGGGGAGCACGGAGCUGGAGGAGCUCACGGUGCAGGUGACCCGGGUCUACAACGCGCGGCUCAAGGUGCAGCGCGUCUGCUCAGAAAUGGAAGAAUUGGCAGAACACGGCAUAUUUCUCCCCCCUAAUAUGCAAGGACUGACUGAUGACCAGAUUGAAGAAUUGAAAUUAAGGGAUGAAUGGGGUGAAAAGUGUGUACCCAGUGGGGGCUCGGUAUUUAAAAAGGAUGACAUCGGCCGAAGGAAUGGGCAAGCUCCAAAUGAAAAGAUGAAGGAAGUGUUAAAGAAGACCAUAGAAGAGGCCAGAGCAAUCAUAUCGAAGAAACAAGUGGAAGCUGGAGUCUGUGUUACCAUGGAGAUGGUGAAAGACGCCUUGGACCAGCUGCGAGGUGCAGUGAUGAUUGUCUAUCCCAUGGGGCUGCCGCCAUACGAUCCCAUCCGGAUGGAAUUCGAAAAUAAAGAAGACUUGUCUGGGACUCAGGCAGGACUGAAUGUUAUUGAAGAACCCGAGGCCCAACUGUGGUGGGCGGCCAAGGAGCUCAGAAGAACAAAGAAGCUUUCAGACUAUGUGGGCAAAAAUGAGAAAACCAAAAUUAUCGUCAAGAUUCAGCAAAGGGGACAAGGGGCCCCAGCCCGAGAACCGAUCAUCAGCAGUGCGGAGCAGAAGCAGCUGAUGCUGUAUUAUCACAGAAGACAGGAGGAGCUCAAGACACUUUUUGCUUCUGGAUCUGUUUUAUAUUCUCACGACCGCUGCUGCCUUGGAAGAAAUGGAAGAAGUGUCUUUUCUCCCUGCGAGUCAGGUGUCCGCCGAGCAGCGUGACCGGCAGUGGCCGCUAGAGGCCGCCCGACACUCACCGCCCCGCUGGGCUCAGCCCUGGAUCCUUCCAGGGCCUUCUUUAAUCCCGCCCGACACGGUCACUUUCCUGGCAUCGCCCAGCUCCCAAAGGUAAAGUUUGCCUCCUGGCUGACGCCCGACUGGCCUCGCUGUGUAGGUGUAAAGGCUACACCGUGAUGAAAGCCGGGGAGCAAGCUUGUCUGACCUGGAGACCGAGCUGGUUCUUCUGUAACUUCUGGGCUAACGAACGCAGCCCCUGUAGCAGACGGUUCUCCCAGGUGGGCUUGGCCUCCAGCUCCCCGUGCGCUAGGCUUCCACGGAGGCUGACGACCGGGUCUGGCUCAUUGACCACCCACCAUCCUGGCCGGUUUUUAAACCCCAUCCCAUCAUCCCCCACAGACCCUGGCACUGGAGCUCAAGUUCAUCUCCCAAACUGCCUGAGCAGCCAGAGCGGCCUAGAAAUCCUGUCCUGAUUGGCUUUUGGCGUGUAGAGUUCUGUUCCCGUCAUUGGAGGAAAUGCAGCGUGCUCGCCCUGAGGAAGAGCAGUGACAGGGACGUCCCCUGCCCCUGCCCUGGCCCCGCUGUGCCCACGGCUCCUCUCCCUGCCCCACGGCCACAAAGAAGGUGCUGUGGAGGCAGGGGCGGGGUGGGCAUGCCUUCUGCCUGCGGAGGGGCAGGAUUUCCUGGGGGGAGGGGGCGGCCCGGCCACUUCCCCUCUGCCCGUGCCCGCGGGUCAGACCAGUAUACAUGGGAACGUGGCAGCAAGAUCCACCAAGACUCUGCCCCCACCUGGAAGGGAGGACUUGGGCCCUCGGCAGAGACUAGCCUCUCAGGAGCAGGAAGGACCUCGAGCCCUCUGCACACGUCCGUCUCCCAGAACCUUCUGCCUCCUCUCCUCCCCUCCCCACCAUCUCCAGCUUCCUUAUAGCGGCUGCCCCCAAGCUGGCUACUGGAGUCCUGCUGUUCCCUAAGCAGCGUUUCCUGAAGUGGGUUGGAGCCAACCACACGUCUCAUUGCAACUGACUCGUGUUGUGGCUGAUGGUCAAAGUUUGUAAAGUCAAAUCUGCAUCUAUUUUCUUUUCGACUUUGGUUAUAACUUUGUUUCCACGAAAAGUUUUUAUACUUGCACGAUGUGAAGUUUGCAGUAAGAUCCUAUGAUUUUAUUUGAGGAGCUUCCCGCCUUCGACAGUGUAUAGUUUAUGCACAUUACAUCCAUGCCAGACUUGGAAAAAGCGUCAGCAAGUCACAUGAUCACAGUAGCUCUUUUUAAGAACUUUCUAUAGCAUUAGGAAUGCUUACUGACUCACUGGGAUAUAAAUGCUUUAUGUGGC